GGCUAAAACUGUGCUACCUCAAACAUUUGCCCUGACAAAUGGUUUGGAAUCCAUUCUAUAUUUAUAUGGAUAGCUCACAGUGCCUUUUUGAAUGUUAAGGGGAGAAAGGAAAUUGUCAAAUUACACAAAAAAAAUUCCCCAAAAAAUUGUCUUUAUAGUUGGUUGAUUGUUUUGGCCAUUGAUGGAAGCAGGAUGUUUGGGAAUCCACACACAGGAGAGAGUAAAGUGUUGUUUCCUUGUGAAAACAUGAUCCUGGACUGAUAAGAUCUCAGAGGAACACAGUGAGUACCACCAGCCCCUAUUAACCAGCAUGGAGCGCUACAAGUGUAUUCCACACCAGCACGCAAGAAUUUAGAAAUACCUGAGGGAAACACAGAACACAUGCACACACACAUACACACAAUAAAUAUUCAAGAACUUGUUUUGGAUCUUUUUUUGGGAGGGCCAAAUAUUUUCACACACAAUAACUAAAUGGUAACCCUGAAAAAACCUGAUGCUAGAUGCUAGAGAAUGUUGUGUUACCUUACACUGAAUAAUGGAGAUAAACAGGAGUGUGGUUAACAGGUUAAUUAUCAGAGUACGCUUUUAUUGCGUAAGAAAGAUUUAACCACAUGCGACCUUUUCCAGACUCAGAACAUUAUUGUCAAGAGUUUUCAUUUCUUCUACAAGAUUAAAUGUAGAUUUUUAUCUUCACAGCUGUCACAGCAGAGCCAGAGAGUGGUGAGAAAUGUGCGGAUCUCACACUCGGGUUCUGUGGGAAUGAGUGGGGGAGAAAAAAAAAACACAUCGCUAUGAUGUAUGAGUGGAGAUCAAAAUGAUAAUUAGGUUAUGAAGAGCUUCAUCCAGACAGCUCUCCUGGUGGAUUUCUGUAACCAGACCUGGAAAAAUCUACCUCAUGCAUCACAUGUCACCUAUUAACAGGAGAUAAGAAGGUAAUGACAGGAAAAUUGUGUAAAGACAUUUUUCCUCUCUCUCAUCUCUUAACUUGUUCUCGACUAUAAUAUGCGUUACCAAACCAUUGGUGUUCCUGGGGCUCCCUCUAGUGACACACAGUGGAAUCUAAUUUCUAUAAGAUUUUGGGAAGACUUUUAGUUGUUAUUUUUGCUUUCUCCCUUCGUGCGUAUUUCACUGCAGAAUACAGGUGAAUUACCAGUUAUAGUACUAUUUAACUGUGCAGCGUCAUCGUUUCAUAAACACUCUAAUGCAUUUUCUCCUACAUAUUCUGGUCUUAGCUAAACAGUGUAGAUCUCUGCAGGUGUACUUUGUGUUGGUCACACUGGUGGUAUUGGGAUUGACAAAUAUUUUCGGGAUGGGUACAUGAUAUAAAAAACGUUGGCAACCCCUUAAGGAGUUGUUUGCGCUAGAUAGUAAUAAUCAGUAGUGGGACUUGAGUGAUGCUACGCCUCCCUCUUGUGGUAUAAAAGUGCAAUUAUUCUUAUGUUUGUAAUAAAAAGCAAUUUUGUGCAGUGUUUAUAAUACUUUACAAUGUUCAAUAUUAACCUGCAAAGUGAUAACUGACUAAACCAAUUAUUCUGAAAGGGAUCACUCUAAAGGAACCUUUACAAUACACGAAAAGGAAACUGCUCUUAUAGACAGGAGGUUUACACACAGCAUCUGUGUUAAACAUUAUCACCUUUAUUUAGAAAGGUUGUAUCAUGAAAAAGCAAAGUACAGUCAAAUUUUAAAUCACCAGUUUUUCGGAUCUAAAUGAAAUUACUGACAAUAAGACAUGUGCAACCCAAGUCCUCGUGAUUCAUGGCACGUAAUCAGUGCUGUUAAGUCGUUCAUCACCAGCUAGAACUACCGGAUGAUAGGAUUCUUUUUAAUUUAUAAAAAUAACAUCACUAGUACCAAUUGGCACUGCUGAAAACCAAUUUUUAUUUUGUUUUCAUUUUUUGACCAAAGUUUCCAUCUAUAUCGCCAUCACCCACAACAACAACAACAACAACAUCUACGUCACGACUCCUGGACCCGCCUGAGCCAACACCACGCGACACAUGGAUCAACAAGAUGGCGAUCAUUUUAAAAACUGAGGAGUUACUGUCGUGAAGGAGAGGUCAGGUACAAUCAUUUCUUUCCUAACACUGCCUUUAGCCAUGUGCCCUUGAUCGCGUCAUAACGGGAAUUGAGUUUCUCGUUGGAAACAAAUGUACACAUCCGACAAAGGUUGAAUCCUUUUCAUAGUACAGGAGCCAGGUUCCCGGUAUCUGACAUCCGCCUCCUUCACCUAUUUUCCGGCUAACGGCACCAACUUCGUGGUGACGAUUCACUGAGUGGUGCUCUUAUUAGCAUGCCAGGCUAAUGCUAACAUAAACUUGCGUGCUAAGCUAUUACUAAAGAAUUGAGAAGACAACAUAUCUGUUAUGCGCAUGAGCGACAAUGUGAGGUUUAAUUUGUGCUUUUUUGUUUUUUAUUUUUGAUAAAUUGCAUAUCUUUUUGUAACGGAAAUUUUAAGCACAACAGAAAAAUGUAUUAUUAUCACUAGAAAAGGCAUACACUUUAAGUAAUUCGGCUGAUGUUCCAGGUCGCGUCAAAAGUGAUUUUUUAAGGUUAAAAGAAAUUAUAGGAACUUGCACGUUCAAGUCAAAGUUAGAAACUAAUGCGUUCCUUAAAUUUUUAUAUGGGAAUUAAGACUGUUCAAGUAAAAUAGCAGCAUGUUACAGUUUUAACAUGUUUGUUUGUAAGGUGUCACAGUAAAUCCGUAUUCUAAAUUGUAAUUAUAAUGGACCGCACAUAUUUUUCGUCAACGCAGCACAGGUUCCCUUCUCCUGAAAACAGGAAGUAUAUACCCUUGUGCAGAACUCACCACUGUUAGCAAUACAGGCUAAUGCUAACGUCACCCUGGUUAGCGCUCCUUUAGCACGCUAGGCUAACGAUAGCUUAGUGCCUUUAAUCUCUUUCAUAUUUAGAAUAGAAACGACGGUGUUGACAUGAGAAAUGGCGUCGCCUCGUUGUGUGCGGUGUAAAUGUAUUCUAAGACGCGCAAAAAAUAAUUUUACAGAAAUUGUUACAGCAGCCCGGGAUAUUUUGUUUUUGAAUUCAAUGUUUUGCAACCACAAUUCCUGAUACGACAUCUAGCUUAGCAUUAGCCGUAGAACACGGGUUCGAUAAGUUGAGCUGAUUGGACAAACCUUACCUUGACUUUCGUUGUGAUGAACGCUGAUUGUAAGUUUUGUUUUUGUUUGUUUAAAUGUGUUUGAUUCUCACUGUGUAAAGUGCAGCUGUGUGUGUUUGUGCGUGCUGUGCGUCCUCUUAAAGUCACCAGGACAAACCAAACCAAAGCGCGCUAAGCUGCUGAUUUACCCUUUAGCGGCAAUUCGAAACUCUCAGAAACAAUUUUUAAAAAUCUCUUUUUUUACUUUGAUAUAUUACACAAUGACACGUUCCACACCUGACAGCUUAAGUGUUGGUUAUCUUAAAAUCAAAGAAUAAAAAAAAACAACCUGUGGCCACAUUUGCAUAGAUGGUCAUAGUCUUUCACAUUUUAAAACUGUGUACAUUAUUUUUAAAGAACGCUGCGUCAAUCGAAGUUUUGGCUAAUUUUAAUGUCAAAGAUCGUUUUCCUUAAGGACGGAUGGUGAAAAAGGAUCACUUCAGGGAUGUUAUUUUCAUUUCAUUGAUUGUAAUACCAGCUGCCCCUGAGAACUGCAGCAUAAACCAUUUGCGUUCAAUUACCAGUUUUUAGAGUGGUACCAUUAUUGAGUAAUCUGUUUGAUUUUUGACAUAUUGGUUGGUCUAGUUGUCAGUAAAAAAAUAGACCAAUUGUCAUUUAAAUUGUGGAAAGAAGACUACCCUUGAAAGAACCCAGAGCUAACAUUACUAUAACAGUUUUCUCUUUACUGCUUACAUUAUUGCUCAGAUAAACAUUGCUAUAAUGUAGUGGAUGAGGCUACCAUUCUAACAGGUCCGAUAUUAAAACACAUUUUCUGUUCUGUUUUUUCAUUCCCCUCUCCAUACCAAAUAAGUUCAUAUGGACAAAGAACACAACACUAGCAAACUCAGGCCCUCCCUUUGUAAGAGAAUCUUCUGUGACCUCAGUGGGGGUUGUUGAUGGACGUAAGUGGUCCACUCAGCGAUCCCACAUGAGCACAUUAAUCCACAGGGAGGUUGAAGAGAAUGCAUGUAUAUUGGCAAUCGUUUUAGGGAAUUAUGCUUUCAUCAUUUUUAGCGAUUAUUCCAUGUUUUUGCAGUUGUAAACACCAAAGAGUUGUUUAAGUAGAAGUAUAACAGAAAGGAUGUGCCCUUAAAACAUCUUUUAUUUACAGCUUCAUAAGCCCAUAGCAAACUAAAAUAACUGUUUCACAACAUCUAAUUUCACCCUUGUGAUGUAUGGAGAAAUUGAUCAUGUAAAUGGCUUUACUGUGACUUAUAUGUUUAUGUGUGACUUAUGUAUUGUUGUGUUUAAACAGAAGAACAUGAUUUUAAUAUAGUACAGUACACCAAACCUGUUUGGCUUCACUUGCUCUUUUGGCCUGUGAGGGUGAAUAGUUGCUGAAGGAGGACCACGGAUGAUAAUUAAACCAUAAAAAGAUAAACAUGACUUCUAUACUAUCAUUGCGCCAUUGUUCCGAUCAAGUUCCCUGGCAGCAAGCAUUGCAUUUUACAACAUAACAUUUAACACUUAACAGCAUAUGUCAUAUGUGCUGUACCUUUAAAUUGAUUGACACUGCGAUACCCAGCUGACAAAAUCACAAGUUUUUUUCUUCUUCAUUGGAUUAUGCAGUUGUAGCGAUCGAGAACUGAUUGUCCACAAAAGUCAAUAGUUUCAUUCCAUGUAGUGAUUUUGUUAAAGGCAAACCACAACCGACAGCCAUUAAUCAGACAUUGUCUGUUCCUCUAAAGUCAAACAUAAACAAAUGAUUUUUCUUGACCAAACGAACCCCUACUUUUCUUUUCUAGAUCCCACCAUGCCCUGGCAGGGCUACAAUCCAGCUCACCAUGGUCAUCAUGUUGACAUGAAGUUUGUGUGAAACGCACACAAACCCAGACUUGGUCACCAACGGUCGGGUUUUGUCUGAUGCAGCCAGCCUGCCAGGCCCGACCACCUGCGUGAAGAAUGGACAGAUGUAAACAUGUGGGCCGGCUGCGGCUCGCCCAGGACCACUCCAUUCUCAACCCGCAGAAGUGGCACUGUGUUGACUGCAACACCACUGAGUCCAUAUGGGCCUGCCUGGGCUGUGCUCAUGUGGCGUGUGGGCGCUACAUUGAGGAACAUGCACUCCAGCACUUCGAGCAACAGCGACAUCCCCUGGCAAUGGAAGUUAACGAGCUGUACGUGUUUUGUUACUUGUGUGACGAUUAUGUCCUGAACGACAAUGCCACUGGAGACCUCAAGCUGCUCCGCAGCACACUUAGUGCCAUUCAGAGCCAACAAUAUGAGGUAACCACUCGCAGUGGGCGUACGCUGCGUUCUGGUACUGCCUCCAUUGAUGCACCUAUGCCAUUUGGUGCUCAGGAGCUGCAGCUGAGGGACGAGGACAGAAUGUUUACUGCUCUCUGGCACCGCAGACGAACGCUUAUGGGGCGCGUUUUUCGUUCCUGGUUUGGACUGACGGAUUGCGGGAAAAAAAGAGAGGUGGAAGAGAGAAAAAAGGAGGAGGAAGAGGAGCUGAAAAGGGAAGCCAGAGAACGCAGGCGUGCUUUAAAGAGACAACUACAGGUGGAGCUGGAGAAUGCUCCUUUAAGAAAAAGCUUACGUUUAUGCCAGAAAACCCAGAAAAGUGCAGUCAAAAAUCAACCCCAAACCUCACAAAACAAGGUGAAAAUCCCUUUGCGUUUGACCCUCCCUCAUAGACCAAGGACUCAGAGCCCUGCAACUAUCGCCCCCAAAAAAGUUCAAAGGACUAAAAAGAGUGAACCCCCUCCUAAAUCCAGAAAAAGUCCAUCUGCAAACAAACACAAAUCUAAAACCCCCACAGGUACUCGUAGUAGCCACACAUCUGUCCAAAACAGGCCAAGCACCAAACAGGGUGGUUCUCCUUUUAAACGGCGUCCCACAGUCACUCCUGGAGUGACAGGCUUGAGGAACUUAGGCAACACCUGUUAUAUGAACUCCAUCCUGCAGGUCCUGAGUCAUCUGCAUGUUUUCAGGGAGUGUUUUUUGCGCCUGGACUUGACCCAGGCACUGGAGCUACUGGCAACAGCUGUUCAUGGCAAACUGACAGGGAAGACCCCUUCACACUCUGCCCUGUCCCAGAGGAAGGGAUUCGAGACAAACUCGGGCCCAGGGGUGGGACUCAGUGGCGGGGCGUCACGGGCUCGCAACAUGGAGCUAAUACAACCCAAAGAGCCGAGCUCCAAACACAUUUCACUUUGCCACGAGCUGCACACCUUGUUCCAGGUGAUGUGGUCUGGCAAGUGGGCGCUGGUGUCGCCGUUCGCCAUGCUGCACUCAGUGUGGCAACUGAUCCCCGCGUUCAGAGGCUACGCGCAGCAGGACGCACAAGAGUUCCUGUGUGAGCUGCUGGACAAGGUGCAGCAUGAGUUAGAGAGCACGGGCAAACACACAACCUCAGCUGGAGUUCCACAGACGCAGAAAAGACUUAUUAAGCAGGUGCUGAGUGUGGUCAACACCAUCUUCCAUGGUCAGCUGCUGAGUCAGGUGACGUGUCUGGCGUGCAGCCAUCGCUCCAACACUGUGGAGUCGUUCUGGGAUCUGUCCCUGGAGUUUCCCGAGCGCUAUCACAGUAACAGCAGGGAGUCGGCCACUCAGGCUGCCUGUCAUUUGACUGAGAUGUUGGCCAAGUUCACAGAGACGGAAGCCCUGGAGGGAAACAUCUACGCCUGCGACAAGUGUAAUUCUGCACGAAGGCGGAGCUCAUCCAAACCCCUCAUUCGGACCGAAGCUCAGAAACAGCUGAUGGUCCACAAACUGCCUCAAGUCCUCAGGCUUCACCUCAAACGCUUCAGGUGGUCGGGGAGAAACCACCGGGAGAAGAUAGGAGUUCACGUGAGCUUCGACCAGCUCCUCAAUAUGGAGCCGUACUGCUGCACGGAGACCCCGCCCAAUGGUGUGACCUGCUCAAGUCCCAGCUCCCCGGGUUCACCGCGCACCAAGCACUUCCUCUAUGAGCUCUCUGCCGUGGUGAUGCAUCAUGGGAAGGGCUUUGGCUCUGGCCACUACACCGCCUACUGCUACAACACAGAAGGAGGCUUCUGGGUUCACUGUAAUGACUCUAAGAUGAACGUGUGUUCAGUGGAGGAGGUGUGCCGGGCUCAGGCCUACAUCCUCUUCUACACACAGCGAGUACCUCGGGACAAAGACAGGGCGCCGCUAUAGGACCACCUCCGCCCUGCAGCCACCACUGUUCCUCCUACACCUGCUCCUCUACAGCUUGACCUGACCUACCACUGAGAUGAUCACAUCAGCACAGCCUCCACCUUCAUCGCACUGCUCUCCUCUUCUUUUGGGCAUUUUUUUUAUCCAGGGGAGGACGACUAUUUUUAAAGAGAGGAAAGACUCCUUUUAAACUGAACUUCUUGUAUAUGGUGUUUAUAUGUAGGUAUUUUU